GUUGCAUCGACCCCCUUUCUGGUAUUAUGCAUGCAAACCAAGAGCUCCGACCGAGCGCCUUGUUAGCGACAUGGAAGUCACUUCUAUAAAGUAGAGGAGACGUUUUGGAUGUGGCAACCGUACGGCAGAAAUCCCGGCUGAGCGCGGCUUCAAAGUACAGCGGAAUACUGAAUUCGGGCUUGCUUGCAUUCAUUUUUUUUUAACGUGGACAAUCAUGUUUUUGUUCUUCUGGGGACUAAGUUUUUUAGUAUUACUCUCUGGUUUUAUGAAUGCACUGGCUUCAGCAGGGACACCGCGAGGUUCAGAGAAAGCCAAAUUAUCGCAGUUUGGCGCGUAUGAGAUUGUAACUCCGGCCAGAGUGAACGAAGCCGGUGACAAACUGCCAACGGGCGUGCACUUCAAGAGGAGAAAGCGGAGUACCGACCCAGUAACCGGCAACAUCUCCCAUCAUUGGACGUCUCCGCACGUCUAUUACCAAAUAUCUGCCUUUGGGCAGGACUAUUACCUUAAUCUUACGCUCGAGUCGGGAUUUAUUGCGCCAGUUUACACUGUCACGAUACUCGGAGCAUCCAGUGAAGGUUAUAAUUCAGAAGAGGGGGAGGAGGAGGACACGGAGUAUCAGCACUGCUUUUAUAAAGGACAUGUGAACGCUGGGCAGGAGCAUACUGCAGUAAUCAGCCUCUGCUCCGGUUUGCUUGGCACUUUCAGGUCACCAGAAGGGGAGUUUUUUGUGGAGCCCCUUCAUAGCUACAAUGGUGAACAUUAUGAAGAAGAACACAUCAAACCUCAUGUCGUGUACAGAAAAGAUGCCUCAAAAAAGACUGUAGAUGACUCAACUACAUGUGAAACUUCAGGACAUAAAGAGCCACACCGCAGACACAGAAACAGACUGAAGAGAAAGUCGCCCUCAAGCAUGUUGUCCGACCUGGAGACUCUUAAUUCCAGACUCUUCUCUGCCCCCUUCCCCUCCUCAGAAAACAAGCACAACUCCUCUAAUGAAAGCAGUGACUCCAAAUUACACCGGAGAUCAAAGCGUUUCCUAUCCUACCCCCGUUUUGUUGAAGUCAUGGUUGUAGCAGACAGCAAGAUGGUGGAACAUCACGGAAGCAACCUCCAGCACUACAUUCUUACACUGAUGUCCAUCGUUUCCUCCAUUUAUAAGGAUCCCAGCAUUGGAAACCUGAUUAACAUUGUUAUUGUGAAGUUGGUCAUCAUAAAGAAUGAGCUGGAUGGUCCCACUAUCUCUUUCAAUGCACAAGCCAGUUUGAAAAACUUCUGCAUAUGGCAGCAGAGUCAGAACCACCCGGACGACAAUCAUCACUCGCAUCAUGACACAGCCAUCCUUAUCACAAGGCAGGACAUCUGUCGAGCACGGGACAAGUGUGACACUUUAGGUCUUGCUGAGCUGGGUACAGUUUGUGAUCCCUACAGAAGCUGCAGUAUUAAUGAGGAUAAUGGACUCAGUACUGCUUUCACCAUCGCUCAUGAGCUUGGUCACGUGUUCAACAUGCCUCACGAUGACAGUAACAAAUGCAAAGAGGAUGGAGUCAAGAACCAGCAACAUGUGAUGGCCCCUACGCUCAACUAUUACACCAAUCCUUGGAUGUGGUCCAAAUGUAGUCGGAAAUACAUCACAGAGUUCCUCGACACAGGGUAUGGUGAGUGCUUGCUCGAUGAGCCGGUUUCUAGGCCAUACAGUUUGUCCCAGCAGCUGCCUGGACAGAUAUACAGCGUCAAUAAACAAUGUGAGCUGAUAUUUGGGCCUGGGACACAGGUGUGCCCAUAUAUGACACAGUGCCGAAGGUUGUGGUGCACCAGUCCAGAAGGAGUCCAACGUGGUUGCAGAACCCAACACAUGCCGUGGGCCGAUGGGACAGAGUGUUCUCCUGGAAAGCAUUGUAAACAUGGCCUGUGCAUCCAUAAAGAGCAUGAAUCUGUUCCAGUAGAGGGGGCCUGGGGCGUCUGGAGUCCCUUUGGCACAUGCUCAAGGACCUGUGGAGGGGGAAUCAAGAUCGCUGUGCGCGAGUGCAACCGACCCGUGCCCAGAAAUGGUGGAAAGUAUUGUGUUGGACGCAGGAUGAAAUUCCGUUCCUGUAACUCUGAGCCAUGCUCCAAGCAAAAGAAAGACUUCAGGGAGGAACAGUGUGCCAGUUUUGAUGGGCGGCACUUCAACAUCAAUGGUCUACCUCCAAAUGUCCGCUGGGUGCCAAAGUAUAGCGGAAUUCUGAUGAAGGAUCGCUGUAAGCUAUUCUGUCGUGUGGCGGGCAGUACAGCUUACUACCAACUCAGGGACAGAGUUAUUGAUGGCACGCAGUGUGGGCCUGAUACCAACGACAUCUGUGUGCAGGGCCUCUGCAGGCAAGCAGGAUGUGACCACGUGUUGAACUCCAAGGCCAGGAGAGAUAAGUGUGGAGUGUGUGGUGGGGAUAACUCAUCUUGCAAAACUGUAGCAGGAACAUUCAACAUAGUUCAUUAUGGUUACAAUGUUGUGGUGCGUAUUCCCAGUGGUGCUACAAACAUAGAUGUGAGACAACACAGCUACUCAGGGAAACCAGAGGACGAUAACUACCUCGCCUUGUCCAACAGCCGUGGAGAAUAUUUACUCAAUGGAGAUUUUGUGGUCAGUAUGUUUAAAAGGGAAGUCAGAGUAGGGAAUGCUGUUAUUGAAUACAGCGGCUCUGACCAUGUUGUUGAGAGAAUCAACUGCACUGACCGCAUAGAAGAGGAGAUUAUUAUCCAGGUGCUAUCCGUAGGUAACCUCUACAACCCUGACGUCAGGUAUUCCUACAACAUUCCCAUAGAGGACAAACCUCAGCAGUUUUUCUGGGAUGCGUACGGCCCGUGGCAGGAUUGCAGUCUUUUGUGCCAAGGAGAGCGCAGGAGGAAGAUCUUGUGCAGUCGUGAGUCGGAUCGAGUGGUUGUGUCUGAUCAGCGGUGCCAUGGCUCUCCCAAACCAGCUGUGAUCUCUGAGCCAUGCAACAUAGAUUGUGAACUCAGGUGGCAGGUUGUUCGCAAAAGCGAAUGUACAGCUACUUGUGGUCUGGGCUUCAAGACUUUGUACAUCUACUGCAUCAAACAGAGCAGGUUGGAUGGGAAAACCCAGAAGGUUGACGACCGAUAUUGCAGCAACCAGCGCAAGCCUGAAGACAAGGAGGUGUGCCAUGGAGACUGCAACCCUGGUGGAUGGGAGUACUCUUCCUGGUCUGAGUGCUCCAGGAGCUGUGGAGGAGGAACACGUCGUAGGAGUGCAGCAUGUGGAAAAUCAGCAGAAACCGCUGACGAAAGCAAGUGCAACCCACAAGAAAAGCUCACAGUCCAACCUUGUAAUGAGUUCCUGUGUCCUCAGUGGAAAACUGGAGACUGGUCUGAGUGUUUAGUGACAUGUGGCAAAGGCUAUAAACACCGCCAGACUUGGUGUCAGUUUGGAGAGGAGCGUUUGGAUGACCGCUUCUGUGACUCCUCCAAACCGGAGUCAGUACAGGCCUGCCAACAGCAAGAAUGUGCCUCCUGGCAGGUGGGACCCUGGGGACAGUGUACCACCACAUGUGGCCCGGGCUAUCAGAUGAGAGCUGUGAAGUGUGUGGUUGGCUCGUACGGCUCUGUCAUGGACGACUCUGAAUGUAAUGCAGCAACACGUCCAACAGACACUCAGGACUGCGAACUCUCUCAGUGUCCUGUUACUCAUCCUGUUGCCCCAGAGACCAAAGUGAUGUCACAUCCUGGUCAUAAAACACAGUGGCGCUUUGGGUCUUGGACACAGUGCAGUGCCACCUGUGGAAAGGGCACCCGGAUGCGCUAUGUAAGUUGCCGUGACCAGCAGGGUGGAGUAGCAGAGGAAUCAGCCUGCUCCCAUCUUCCUAAACCUCCUGCUAGUGAGGUUUGCUCCAUAGUGCCAUGCGGACAGUGGAAGGUCCUGGAAUGGACUCCGUGCUCCGUAUCCUGUGGUCAGGGUAAGACUACACGGCAAGUAGUGUGUAUGAACAUCAGCGAUCAAGUUGUGGAAAUGAGUGAGUGUGACCCAGAUGAUCAACCAGCAACAGAGCAGGAGUGUGCCAUGCCCCAGUGUCCGUCUCGCUCCAGCGACCACGGGGGCUUUCCACCUAACACUGAUUCACGGAAAAAAAAUGCUCCCGCCGAAAGAACUGACCAUAACAGAGCUGGCAGACCCCAGUCACAUCAAUGGAGGACUGGACCAUGGGGGCCGUGUUCGAGUACCUGUGCCGGAGGAUUCCAGAGGCGUGUGGUGGUGUGUCAGGAUGAGAACGGCUACCCUGCCAACAGCUGUGAGGAAAGCACUCAACCCAUAGAGCAACGCUCCUGUGAGUCCGGCCCCUGCCCUCAGUGGUUCUAUGGCAGCUGGGGUGAGUGUUCAAAAUCCUGCGGAGGAGGGAUAAAGACCCGGUUGGUCGCUUGUCAGCGGCCCAACGGGGAGCGCUUUAACGAUCUGAGCUGUGAAAUUCUUGACAAACCACCCGACCGAGAACUGUGCAAUACUCAGUCCUGCUCUAUUAACCCUCACUGGAGCACAGACCAAUGGAGCUCGUGCUCUGCGUCUUGUGGGAGAGGAUACAAGUACCGUAACGUGACUUGUGUCAAUCACUCAGGCCAGCCAAUCCCAGAAGAGAACUGCCUACACCUGCCCCUCCCACAAAAGCAAAGGCGUUGCAGAAGUGGGAGGUGCCCCAAGUGGAAGACGGGAAGCUGGGGAGAGUGUUCAUCAUCUUGUGGAAAGGGACUGCAGCAUCGUGAGGUUUCUUGUGUCAGCGGUGACGAGUCUAAAUGUUCCCGUCUCCUUCGGCCGCCUUCUACACAGCCUUGCCAGGUCACCGACUGUCUCUCACACUAUAGCUGGGGCAAAGGAGAAUGGCAAGAGUGCAGCAAAGCAUGUGGUUCGGGGUACAAGGUUCGAGCAGUGGUGUGUUUGGAUAAGGAUGAAGAUGAGGUGCAUGAGGCUUACUGCAUGAACCAAAGAAAACCGGCGGAUGAGGAACCUUGUAUCUUACAACCAUGUGAGUUCAUCUGGAUUACAGGAGAAUGGUCUGAGUGCUCAGUCACGUGUGGUCUGGGGUUUCAGAGGAGGCUGGUGUCCUGCAGUGAGGUUCACGCUGGGAUUGAUAAUUAUGAGUAUAGUCUUAACUCUUCAUUAGACUGCCCUGGCACCCCUCCUGAGGACAUCUUGCCCUGCUUUCAGCUGCCUUGUCCUGCCCCACACGCUUGGAGAGUGGGUAUAUGGGGACCUUGCUCUGCAACCUGUGGAAGUGGUUGGACAGAGAGACAAGUCCAGUGUAUAUCAGCAGAGGGUGAGGUUUCUGAAAAAUGUCUCUCCUCCUCCAAACCUGACGAACGGAAAUCCUGCAUCAGUCCUUCUUGCCACGUCCCCACUAACUGUCAAGAUGUACGGCUCCAGAAAGGCAUCGUCUCUGACGGCGAACAGACUGUGAAAAUUAAUGGAAAACUUUUAAAAAUGUACUGUUCAGAGAUGAACACAGACAGUCCUAAGGAGUAUAUCACGCUGAUCACCGGAGAAGAGGAGAACUUCUCUGAGGUCUUCGGAUACAGGCUGAUGGACCCAACACAGUGCCCAUACAACCUAAGCAAGAGAGAAGAUUGCCAGUGUAGAAGGGACUACACAGCUGCUGGUCUUUCUACUUUUAGAAGAGUCAGAAUGGACCUCAGCACAAUGGCCAUUAUAACUACAGACUGGAAAUAUGCCUUCAUCCACGAAGGGCGCAGGGUUCCUUUUGCCACAGCAGGAGAUUGCUAUAGUGCAGCCCACUGCCCACAGGGCCGGUUCAGGAUCAACCUCUCAGGAACAGGAUUUAAGGUGACAGAAAGCAUGAGGUGGAUUUCCCAAGGGAACUACGCCAAAGCUGACAUACACAAGUCUCAGGAUGGCAGUAGAGUUUCUGGGAUAUGUGGUGGUUAUUGUGGAAAAUGCACUCCCUCCUCCAGCCCUGGACUUCUUGUUGAAGUUUUAUGAUGCAGGUGUAUUGGUCUGGUCAGACGAACGAGCUGAAAUGUGUAUGACCUGUUUCUAAAUACCUAUUUCUAUGGUCAGACUUUUAAAGGGAAAUCUAAAUUCUGUGUGUAUGACCUCUCAAGUGCCAUACAGUUCACUUAUGAGCCAUAAUGAGUGUUGGAAUACCAGUAUAGGUAUUUUAUUACAUUUAUUUUACUGUAUGUAUUUAUACACUAAUAUUUAAAGCUUAUUGUUGGUAUGGCGUUUUUUUUUUUCUUUUUUCUUUUCUUUUAAUACAGUGUUACUUUUACUAUAUUUAAUUAAACAUAUAGUAAACGUAAUACUGUCAAAAGUAUUAAAAUGUAUAAGGUUGUCUGUUUUGUCAUAUAUUAUUUUUUUAUUUAUUCCUUAAAGAAUGGCAUUUGGGAAAUAUUCAUACCAACAGAAUUUUAGUAAUCUGAAGAGUUAGAAUUUUCAUCAUAUUUGAAGACAUACAGUAAUAACACACGACUGCUGUAUAUUUAUUUAUCUGUCAGUUUUAGCAAUUCGAUUGCAUUGUGACUAUCCAGAACACACAGUAUUUGCGUUUAGGAUCGUCGGGCAGUGGAGCGUCUCCAAGGAAGUGGAGUUCUCGCUAUUCAGUGGUGCUAUUAUGUGCAAAACACUAAGGAGCACAAACAUUUUAGUUUUGAACAGGGUUUUUGGCCAAUUGCAGUUUCACCUAAGAACACUAUAAGUUUGGCUUCAAACUAGCCCAUGCAAAUGAAUAUGAAAGAAACAUUUAUGUGACAGUUCAAAAGUCUGGGGUCAGCACGAUUUUAAAAUCUUUUUUUUUAUAUAUAUACUUACCGAUUUAUUUCAUUUUAAAAUGCAGUAAAACAUAGAUAUUGUGAACUAUUAUUGAAAUGCAAAAUAAUUGUUUUUAGUUUUAUUUUUUGAAAAAUGUCAAGAUCAUUUGUCCAGGCAGAAAUGAUUAUUAUAUGCUGAUUACUCAAAAGACAUUUUUCAUUAUGAAUGUUGAAACCUUAAUAUUUUGUAAGCCAUGUUACAUUUUUAAAAAUAUAAAUCUUGUCCUUACUGUCACACUUGAUUAGCGUUGUCAAAGGAUUAAUCACAAUUUGUUCACAUAAUAUAUGUGUGCAUACUGUGUAUAUUCAUUAUUGUAUAAAUAUACACACAUGCAUGUAUACAUUUAGAAAAUAUUUACAUGCAUAUGUAUAUACAUAUAAUUUUUUUCUUAGAUAUACAUGUAUGUGUGUGUAUUUAUAUAUACACAAUAAAUAAACACUGUGCACACACAUAUAUCACGUCAACAAAAACUUUGCUGAAUACGAUUCAUUCUUGGACAGCGCUACUUUUAAUCAGUUAAGUGGUUGAAAUGGUUAAAAAAGGAAGCUUUUGAACAGUAGUGUAUGGUUUUCCUAAUUAUUUAUUGAAUGAUAUUUUUGUUGUGAAAAUUUCAGUGAUUCAGUGUCUUCUUUAUAGAAUUUUGUAAACAAAGAUGGGAGUCUGGUAAGUUUAGUAUUUUUCUUGUAGAAGGAAGUGCAAAAAAAAAAGUAAAAGUAUUUAGCCUAAAGUAGGCUAUAGAGAUGAGAAGUGACAAAACAGGAAACAUCUUAGUGGGAGAGUACAGCUCAAGGCCCGUAUUCACAAAGCAUUUUAUCUUAGCACUACGAGUUUUCCUAUAUAGCAGUAAAAGUUGAGUUUUCUCUUAAAACCUAUUCACAAAGCUGCUCAGACAUUAUGUUGCCAUAUUCAAAUGAACAUUUAAAAAUAAAUGUGUUAAUUUCCACUUGUAUGUUUCUAGUAAACAAUUAGUGAAUAUGUAUAUAAGUAAGGAAUUGACGGGCAGUUGAAUUAUCAGAAAUAUAAUGCAUAUCCAAGGUCGUGAUGGGGCCACAACGUGAAGCCACACAUCAAUACAUCGAUCAGAUUAUAUACAUCAGGGUUGUUGUCCAGUUUCCGUACUUAAAACGCUAUUGUGAGUAGGAUUAUUUUGCAUCUCAUCCCAAGCCUCCAUUCUUAAUUGUUAAUUUAGAUCUAGUAAAGGAGGCUUGAGCGGUUGAUAGUAGACUAAUGCAGUUAAUAGCUAAGUUGUGUGUGCGUGUGUGUGUGUGUGUGUGUGUGUGAGAGAGAGAGAGAGAUCGCAAGACUUUAUAUUCACUUCCUUCACUCGCUUGUGAGAAGUCAAAUUGUUUUUGUUAAGGAAAAAGUCGUCAGAGUAACGUAGCGCUAACAACAUUAGCAUGUUUGUGUGUGUGUCUCUAAGAGAGAGAGAGCGGAAGAGAUAGAGUAUGUGCGUAGACGUACAUUUUGUGGCAGAACAUGGAAAUGAGCGGUUGUAUUUAUCAUAUUAAUGAUUAUUAUUAUUAUACGUAUUUCUUUGGCCAGUGUCAUUGUGGGUUUUGCUAAUUUUGCUGUUUGUAAGACUUUUGUAAAUAACAGGUAUAUAGGUAUUAAAACCGGUCAAAGAGCUGCCUGGAACUACAUUUUCUGUGCCGUUUCCUGAAAAUAAUUGCAAGCCUUAGAACGUUCGUCAGCCAAUCAGAUUCAAGCAUUCAGCGGCCCUCGUAGUAUAAACAGCCUUUAAAUCAAUCACUUGUAUUUAUAUAGCGCUUUUAACAAUACAGAUUGUUUCAAAGCACUGAACAGAAUAAAGGAACACUCCACUUUUUUGGAAAAACUCUCAAACGCCCUUAAGUUAGUAAAUUGAGUUUUAGCAUUUUGGAAUCUAUUCAGCCGAUCAAUGCGCCUGCUGCGGCCGUGGUACAGCAGCAAAUGGUCUUGAUUAUUACCCCGGAAUGGGAGUAUAAUUCCUAGUCAUAUCAGCCUAGAAAAUUGCAACUUUUAAUUUUCUGCCUGUCUUUGUACACGAUAUGACUACAGAAGAGUCAAGGUUUAAAUAGGAAAAAUAUAGAAACUUUUUGGUCAUUUUCAAACGCGAUGCUAUUGGUCUAAUUGGAUUCUACGAUCUACGCUAAGUUAUGCUAAAAGUGUUGUAUCCAGACCCGGAGAUCGGCUGAAUGGAUUGAAAAACAGUCAAACUCAACUUAUUAACUCUUGGGAAGUUGGAGAAUGAGCCCAUUUCCAAAAAAAACUGAGUUUUCCUUUAAAUAACAUGCAAACGUAAAAGGAAAACAAACUGAAUGCACUAAAAGUUGUUACUUUUUGCCCAACUGGUUAAUGAAAACAUAUAGUCAAAGGAAAAUUUGGUGUUGGGAUAAAACCAAAUACCUUUUUAAAAGCUGAUUUUUGUCCAGUGUUUCUUUUCUGAGGUGGAUUGCCAGCAGUAACCAUUUUAGGAAAAGGUCUUACUGGCUUAGGAGUUCUCUUCACUACUUCUAACGUUUCACAGAUUUAGGAGCUAAAACGCUAAAAUUUCUUGUAAAAUUCCCUUAGAGCAAACAUUUAGGAGUCCCAAAUUUAGGACUUACACGCCCAUUAUUUUUAUGAUUUUCUUCUAAAUGUACAUGUUAUGAGCUACUUUUAGCUAUAAGAUGUUUUGUGAAUAUGGGCCCUGAUAAAUAUCUGAGAAGAAUAAAGAAAAGUCUGCUUAGUAAGAGAGAGGAAUUUGUAGAUUGCACAGUUGGAGGUAGGUGAAGGUUUACGAAUUUGAGUUCAAAACUGUCACUGGAUGGUAUCUUUCAAAAGAUACUAAUAUGUACAGUUCAGGUACUUGUAUGUAUCUUUAAGAACAAAUGUGUAGCCAGAAGCAGUCUGGAAGAGGUGACGUGCAUCAAAAUGAUCUUAAGUUCGCCGGUUGAAGUGCAGUGUGAUGUGAUAUUUGUAUCAUUUUUUAAAUUCUACCUCAGCCGUGUCUGUUGUAAGCUUUUAUCUGUUUCAUAACUCAUUGAAUAAUUAUUACUCAUUGAAUAACCGCACUGCCAUAAUAUGUGUAUAUUUUAUUAUUGUGUAUUUGUUGAUGGGGUGAUAAUUCAUUGGUACAUUUAAAAUCUAUUGGCACAAUAAUUGAUGGAAUUGGAAUAUUGAAAUAUUUUUAUUUUGUUGUAUUCAUUUCAUAGACCACUGCAAUAGCAAAAUGCAAACAUGCUGAAAAGAUGGGUCAAAAGACAAAGCCAAUAUUGUAGCACUUAAACACAUUUUAUAACUUUGAAGUACUACAAGAUAUUCUGAAAUCGGUCUUUGUUAGAUGUUGCUGUUUUUUUAUUGUUUACAUAUAUAUAUUAUAUAGAAGCUUUUUUAUUUAAUUAUAUAAUUAAAUAAUUUUUUGUGUAGUCUUGUAACAUGUACACAUUGAUCAUUUUUGAAAACAACAUAUCGAUUAUCUAGAUAAUAGAGCAAUAUUUUAGUCAAUAUGGCAGAAAACUAAUGUGUCAUUUUGAGUAAUGCCGAAUACAUAAAGCCAUUAAUGUAAAUGAAUGUACAUCUCAAAUCAUAUACCGGUUAAUUAUGCAUGUGAAUAAAGUUAUACAGACACUUCAAAAAUAUUUUAAAACAUUUUAUACACACUAAUAUAAUUUGUACAAAUUUAAAUAGUUUCAUUCCAUCUUUUUUAAAAUGUUAUUAUUAUUGUCUUCUUCAUUCCUUUACAGAAUAUAGAGAGAACACGUGGUAUAGUACUUAGUAUUUAUUCUGUUAAUGGUUGUAAAUACAUAUUCAAUAAUUGUUUCAAUAAUAAUGUCAGUAAUUUUUCCCCAUUUACAUUAUUACAUGAAUUCUUUUAAUCAAACAACAUUUUCACGUAAUAUUUAUGUUUUUGUAACAUAUUAUAUUUCAGUUGAGCUGCUCGGUGCAAGUUGUGAUAUGAGUUAUGUGUAAAAGAAUAUGUAUAAGAACGAUUUAAUUUAUCUUGAUAAAGCCUGUAAUGUUCUUUAAUGUCAAAAUUAAUAUAAUGUGUAUGCCUCACAAAUAAAUGUUAAAUAAAUGUUAACAUGUCUCUUUGAUUAAACUAA